GUCUACACUCGCCUGUUCAACAUUUCUUACUUCUGCUAGAAAAAUACAUAGCUACAGCAAACCUCUGAGCUCUGAAUCGCAUCGCGUUGCAUCGUGAUACACCAGCAGCAAUAGCUCCAAAAGAAGCACAACAUGGAGUCCUCUCCAGAACCAGCGAGCGACCCGGGCAACGGCGUCUCAGAGCCGGUUACCCCGGUCAGGGAAACCCCGGUAAACCUGGAGACCCUCCGCAAAGCUGAGCACCAAGCCCCGGUGCGCCGGCAGAGCUGCUCCAGCACCAACAGAGGUAUUUCAGUAACAAAGAAGACACACACUUCUCAAAUCGAAAUAAUUCCCUGCAAGAUCUGUGGAGACAAAUCAUCAGGCAUCCAUUAUGGCGUGAUAACGUGUGAGGGCUGCAAGGGUUUCUUCAGAAGGAGUCAGCAGAGCAAUGCGGCGUACUCAUGCCCGCGUCAGAAGAACUGCCUGAUUGACCGCACCAGCCGGAACCGCUGCCAGCACUGCAGGCUGCAGAAGUGUCUGGCCGUGGGCAUGUCACGUGACGCGGUGAAGUUUGGCCGGAUGUCUAAGAAACAGCGGGACAGCCUCUAUGCGGAAGUGCAGAAACACCGGCUCCAGCAGCAACAGCGGGACCACCAGCAGCAGCCCGGUGAGGCAGAGCCCCUUACCCCAACCUACGGCCUCUCCACCAAUGGCCUGACCGAGCUCCACGAUGAUCUGAGCAGCUACAUGAACGGACACACGCCCGAUGGCACCAAGCCCGACUCGGGCGUCAGCAGCUUUUACCUGGACAUCCAACCCUCUCCCGACCAGUCCGGCCUGGACAUCAACGGCAUCAAGCCAGAACCCAUCUGCGACUUCACUCCAGGCUCGGGCUUCUUCCCCUACUGUUCCUUCACAAAUGGGGAGACAUCCCCCACCAUUUCCAUGGCCGAGUUGGAACAUCUGGCCCAGAACAUUUCCAAGUCCCACAUGGAGACGUGUCAGUACCUGAGAGAAGAACUUCAGCAGAUGACCUGGCAGGCGUUCCUUCAGGAGGAGGUGGAGAGCUACCAGAGCAAGCCCAGAGAAGUCAUGUGGCAGUUGUGUGCCAUUAAAAUCACAGAGGCCAUUCAGUAUGUGGUGGAGUUUGCCAAGCGCAUCGAUGGCUUCAUGGAGCUCUGUCAGAAUGAUCAGAUAGUGCUUCUCAAAGCAGGCUCUUUGGAGGUGGUGUUCGUCAGAAUGUGCCGUGCCUUCGACCCUCAGAACAACACAGUCUAUUUUGACGGAAAGUAUGCGGGGCCUGAUGUUUUUAAGUCAUUAGGUUGCGACGACUUGAUCAGCUCUGUCUUCGAGUUUGGGAAAAACUUGUGUUCUAUGCACCUCUCUGAAGACGAGAUCGCCCUGUUCUCCGCCUUCGUGUUGAUGUCUGCAGAUCGAUCCUGGCUCCAGGAGAAGGUAAAGGUGGAGAAACUCCAGCAGAAGAUCCAGCUGGCCCUCCAACAUGUUCUACAGAAGAACCAUAGAGAGGACGGAAUACUGACAAAGUUGAUAUGCAAAGUCUCCACGCUGCGAGCCCUGUGCAGCCGGCAUACGGAAAAGCUGACGGCGUUCAAAGCAAUAUACCCAGACAUUGUUCGUGCCCACUUCCCCCCCUUGUACAAGGAGUUGUUUGGAUCAGACUUUGAGCAGUCCAUGCCUGUUGACGGGUAGCGCUUCCCCGCGCCCACCCCGCCCGGGGGAAUUUACACCGUGGGGAAUGUCAAGCAUAAAUCUGAGACACUUUAGCAGUGCCCUGCACAUACAUACACCUGGACGGACGACACACUGCACACACACACUUUUCCCCUUUUUUUCUUUGUGAUUUUUUUUUUUUUUUUUUUUUUUUUUUUCGUGGGGGAGGAGGUAUUAGACUGGGUUUGACUCCAGUGGUUUAUUUUUGGGGUUUGUUCCCUCCUUUUACUGACACAGGUGGGAUUCGGAGCCCAGGGGAGAGGAUAAGAAGAUGAAGACACUUGUUUUUCCCGAACGCUCCCUCGCUCUCUUUCUCUCUCUGGCUGAACCUGAAGAGUCCACACAUUCAUUUUCGAGAACGGUCCCAUGGCGAUUUGUCACAAUCAGCAUAAAUUGUUUCCAAAAUGGAAAAAUGGAUUCCCAGAGAGCAGUGGCCUGGAAUACAGCGUUUUCAACUUUUUACCGGGAGAGCAACACAAAAGUCCUUUUCAAGCCAAGAGCAUAAAAUAAAAAGUUGCGAUCAAAAAGUCGAUUAUCCGAACUGUUCCAGCAAUUGUUGUAGCACCAAAAAAGUCUACGUAGAAAAAUACGUGGUUAGCUCCUUCCUCCCUGUGCACUGUUUUUUUUUUUCUUUCUUUUUUUGAGAUGUCAAACCAGCACCGAAUGAAGAAGAAUACGAAGUGAGAGAGAAAGAGAGAUAUGGAGAAGGAGUGUGAUGUAGAGUCAACACAAAACAUCACCUUUCUACGGACAAUCUCGAAAAAAAAAAAAAAAGAAGGAACAACGUAGAAUUCUGGUAAUUCUAGUCGCGAUUGCUUUUAGCCGUCAGAGACUCCAUCUACCAUAGUUGCUUAGUGAUAUCAUUUAAGGCCAUCUGCUUUUAAGUCCCUCUCUGGAAUGGUGUUAACGUAACGUAACAGUCCGACCACCAACAUCGAUGCAAUGCAAGGGUCCAUUCCACCUGUUUUCUAACGUGUUACAGGGUAUACGGUCAUAAGUACAACUAUACAGGAAAAAAAAUGUUUAUAGAAUCUAUUUUAAAUAACAUGUAUGAUAUUAGUAGCUAGACUAUUCUUAAUUGUGAAAAAUUGAUAAGGCACUUUUAUUUGCACCUUUCUUUAAUUUAAGACUUGUAUAUUUACCUAGUGAUGUGUUGCAUGUAUAAAUACCACGGUUAUGGAGAACGAGUGCUGGAAACCCUAACGCUGCUGAGGGUGGGUGCGUGUUUGCGUGCGUGUUUGUCUAUUUAUUUGCGUGUGGCGGAGGUUGGUGCUGGGUAAAGGCUGAUCGUGUGAUCUGG